AUGUCCAACUGUUCGACUCGACACCUGGUCUCCCAUGUAAACGAGCACGAGCACGAGCGCGAGCACAACCAAGCGAGCAGCAUUCAUAAACCAUACCACCCCAUAGCCCAGAUGCAGCUACUGCCACGAACUAGAUACCCAUUCGGGCAAUUUGCGGGGUUCGAGUGGGCCGCUUUCCAUCCCAUUCCUGUCAGCGCUCCACCCGAUCGCACCUUCCCGUCACACCAACUCCCCGUCAGCCCUGCGGGGCCGGGCCAAGCAAACAUUCGAAGCAACGGCCCCCUCGCUCGCGGCGUCACCACCACGACGAACAUGGUGCCUCCUUUCCAGCCCGGAAUUGAAACAUCUCGAUUCGGUAUUUGCCGUCCUUCUAGACUCCUUUCCGAGUUUCUCCCGCCAUCUCCCAUGUCCACUGGAGGGGUUCGCACCGCUCCCCCGGUGUUUCAUAAACCUCCCCCGCCCGCUUUCCCACCUUCGUUCUCGUUCAAACCACUCAGCUCGAAUCGCUAG